CUCUCUCUCUCUCUCUCUCUCUCUCUCUCUCUCUCUCUCUCUCUCUCUCUCUCUCUCUCUCUCGAUUGGCAUUUCCCUUGCAAGGCUAUAUUCUAUUUAGAGGGUACAGAAAUUUCCUCCUAAGAUGACACUAGAACGUCUGUGUCAGGAAAUAAGUAGGGGGAGCACCGGAAUUAUAUGAAUAUAUUGUCAGUGAAGCAGACAUUUACAGUGUUGUCAGUAUCAUACUUUCUGUUGAACACAUGUAUGUGAUAUUUUAGGAUGCAGUGACCUAUGAUGAUGUGCAUGUGAACUUUACUCGGGAAGAGUGGGCUUUGCUGGCUCCUUCCCAGAAGACUCUCUACAAAGAUGUGAUGCUGGAGACCUACAGGAACCUCACUGUUGUAGGCUAUAAUUGGGAAGACCACAGUAUUGAAGAUCAAUGCCAAAGUUCUAGACGACAAGAAAGGCAUGAAAGAAGGCAUACUGGAGAGAAACCCUCUGAAUAUCAUCAAUGUGUUCAAGCCCUUGCACAUCCCAGUCAUCUUCAAAAGCAUGAAAUAAUUAAUAUCCUAGAGAAAACUUACAAAUGUAAUCAAUGUAGUAAAGCCUUUUCACAACACAGUAGUCUCCGAAUACAUAAAAGAACACAUACUAGAGAGAAACGCUAUGAAUGUGAUCAAUGCGGGAAAGCCUUUGCACAUCACAGUCAUCUUCAAAUACAUAGAAGAACACAUACUGGAGAGAAACCCUACAAGUGUAAUCAAUGUGGUAAAGCCUUUUCACAACACAGUCAUCUCCGAAGGCAUAAAAGAACACAUACUGGAGAAAAACCUUAUGAAUGUGAUCAAUGUGGUAAAGCCUUCACACGUCACAGUCAUCUUCAAAUGCAUGAAAGAAAUCAUACCAGAGAGAAACCCUAUAAAUGUAAUCAAUGUGGUAAGGCCUUUUCACAACACAAUAGUCUCCUAAUACAUAAAAGAACACAUAGUAGAGAGAAACCCUAUGGAUGUAAGCAAUGUGGGAAAGCCUUUGCUCUUUACAGUAAUCUUCAAAGACAUGAAAGAAUUCAUACUGGAGAGAAACCCUAUGAAUGUAAUCAGUGUGGGAAAGCCUUUGCAGGUCACAGUAAUCUUCAAAGACAUGAAAGAAUUCAUACUGGAGAUAAACCCUACGAAUGUGAUCAAUGUGGGAAAGCCUUUGCAUGUCAUAGUCAUCUUCAAAUACAUAAAAGAACACACACUGGAGAGAAACCCUAUGAGUGUAAGCAAUGUGAUAAGGCCUUUUCACAACACAGUAGUCUCCUAAUACAUAAAAGAACACAUACUGGAGAGAAACCUUAUGAAUGUAAGCAAUGUGGUAAAGCCUUUGCACUUUAUGGUAAUCUUCAAAGACAUGAAAGAAUUCAUACUGGAGAGAAACCCUAUGAAUGUAAGCAAUGUGGGAAAGCCUUUGCAGGUCACAGUAAUCUUCGAAGACAUGAAAGAAUUCAUACUGGAGAGAAACCCUAUGAAUGUAAUCAAUGUGGGAAAGCCUUUGCAUGUCACAGUCAUCAAAUACAUAAAAAAACACACACUGGAGAGAAACCCUGU